CAGUAAAAGCUGUCAAUAAAAAACGAAAAUAGACAAUUACUUAUUUACAUUUGAUGAGCAAUAUUCUAUUGUUUAAAUUUUAUCGAAUAUCUAUAAAAAAAACGUAGUUGUAUUGUAUAAUGUCUGCUAAUCACGAAAACCGUCCGGAGCUUUACGAAGAAGUAAAACUAUAUCACAAUGCAAGGGAAAGGGAAAAAUACGACAAUCUAGCAGAUCUCUACGCAGUUAUCAACACAUUGCAACAGCUCGAAAAGGCCUACAUCAGGGAUUGCGUUGUUGCCAAAGAAUACACCGGUGCUUGUAGCAAGCUACUCGUUCAGUACAAGGCCGCAUUCAGGCAAGUCAACGGAGAUGAGUUUCCUACAGUCGAUUCCUUCGUCAAAAAAUACAGGCUGGAUUGCCCGGCCGCCCUGGAAAGAAUCAAAGAAGACAGACCUAUCACUAUCAAAGACGAUAAGGGAAACACCAGCAGAUGUAUAGCUGAUAUCGUGUCUCUAUUCAUCACUGUAAUGGACAAAUUGCGAUUGGACAUUCGUUCGAUGGAUCAAUUACAUCCGGAUGUGAGAGAUUUGGUCGAUACGAUGAACAGAUUGAGCAUUUUGCCAUCGGAUUUCGAGGGCAAACAGAAGAUAUCCGAGUGGUUGGCUACUUUAAAUACUAUGCAAGUAUCCGAUGAAUUGUCCGAAUCCCAGAUUAGGCAACUUCUUUUCGAUCUGGAGAGCGCUUAUGCUUCGUUUAAUAAAAUAUUGCACAAUUAAUGUUGAAGUACGAUCAAAAAGAGUGCUUGUAAUUCUUGUAAUUUUAUGGCAAGUGCAUUGUAAACACUUUAUGUUUGGAUAUAUUCUAUAGUUUUAUAGAGUUGUUAAUUACGAUUAAGAUUAA